GGUGUGGAGGGGGGUGGGGGGGGGGGACCAGCGAACCAAGCACGAGCCACCGUAUUUCCGACGGCCCCUGAACGCAGCAGGAGUCCUCCCAGUCAGAUCUGGCUGAACGUGACGUGCCAACUUCGGAGCCCGAGCGAGGUUUUUCCUGGCGGAGCUGCGGAAGGGGAGCGGGAGCCUGAGCGGGUCUGUCUGUCUGUCCGUGUGCCUGUCUGCCUGCCUGCCUGUCUGCCUGCCUGCCUGCCGCCGCAGUCUCUCCGUCUGUCUGGACGCACACACACACGCGCGCACGCACGCACACGCGAGAAAAUACCCUCCUCUUUUCUUUUUUUUUUUUUUUUUUCCGGCUCGCACGGCUCUGGACAACGGCAUCAUCACCAUCAUCAGCGGCUAUGGAUCCAUCGCUGUCCUCCUCCUGUUUUCACCAGUGAGGGACGUUACUCCGUCGGAUGCUCCAGUGCCCAUAGAGGAGGAGGAGGAGGAGGAGGAGGAGGAGGGGAGAGAGGAGAGGAGGAAGAGGAGGAGGGGGCAUCCUUGUCAUUCUUCGACUACCAGGCUGACUCACCGCUGGAGCGCCUGAACACAGAAGAAGAAGAAGAAGAAGAAGAAGAAGCUUGAAAGGGCGAGGGAGAGAGGAAAAGAAACAGAGUAAGAGAAGGAAGGAGGGAGGGAGAGAAAAACUAAAAACCUAGAGGUGAGGAGGAGGAGGUGAGGUUGGGUCGGCGAGAGGAGGGAAGAGAAAGUGAUCGUAGGGAAGAGAGAGAGAGAAAGAUAGAGAGACACUGGGGGGACAACACAACAGAUCUGAGGUCAGGUGAGAGCGGGCGCAGGCAGGUUGUAGGUCGGAGGUCAAGCGGCGGUCAGGCGGACGGCUGCUUUUCCCGCUACUUCCUCCUCCCCCCCCCCACCCCACCCCCCACCCACAACAACUGUCCCUCCACCGCCACCACACUGGGCGAACUGGGAGCACUGGUGACGAGGAGAAGCCACCAUGAGCGACCAGAACGUCAUCAAGGAAGGCUGGGUCCAGAAAAGAGGUGAGUACAUCAAGAACUGGCGACCGCGCUACUUCCUGCUGAAGACAGACGGCUCUUUCAUCGGCUACAAGGACAAACCGCAGGACUCUGACCUGGCCUACCCGCUCAACAACUUCUCCGUAGCAAAAUGCCAGCUGAUGAAGACGGAGCGGCCCAAGCCGAACACCUUCAUCAUCCGCUGUCUGCAGUGGACCACGGUCAUCGAGAGGACCUUUCACGUCGACACUCCCGAUGAGAGGGACGAGUGGGCCGAGGCCAUCCAGAUGGUAGCCGAGUCUCUGGCCAAGCAGGAGGAGGAGGGCAUCCUGAGCAGCCCCACCUCCCAGAUCGAGAACGUCAACGAGGAGGAGAUGGACACCUCCAUUGGCCACUACAAACGAAAGACAAUGAACGACUUCGACUAUCUGAAGCUUCUGGGCAAAGGCACUUUUGGGAAAGUCAUUCUGGUGAGGGAGAAGGCGAGCGGCACCUACUACGCCAUGAAGAUCCUCAAGAAGGAAGUCAUCAUCGCCAAGGACGAAGUCGCUCACACGCUCACAGAAAGUAGGGUAUUAAAAAACACUCGGCAUCCAUUCCUAACUUCUCUGAAGUACUCGUUCCAGACGAAGGACCGGCUGUGCUUUGUAAUGGAGUACGUCAACGGAGGAGAGCUGUUUUUCCAUUUGUCAAGAGAAAGAGUAUUUUCGGAGGACCGCACUCGUUUCUACGGCGCCGAGAUCGUCUCCGCUCUGGACUACCUACAUUCUGCCAAGAUCGUCUAUCGGGACCUGAAGCUGGAGAACCUCAUGUUGGACAAGGACGGCCACAUUAAGAUCACCGACUUUGGCCUCUGCAAAGAAGGCAUCACCGACACUGCCACCAUGAAGACCUUCUGUGGGACACCGGAGUACCUGGCUCCUGAGGUGCUGGAGGACAACGACUACGGCCGGGCGGUGGACUGGUGGGGUUUGGGCGUGGUGACGUACGAGAUGAUGUGCGGCCGCCUGCCGUUCUACAACCAGGACCACGAGAAGCUGUUCGAGCUCAUCCUCAUGGAGGAGAUCAAGUUCCCGAGGACGCUGUCGGCCGACGCCAAGUCGUUGCUGUCGGGGCUGCUCAUCAAGGACCCCAACAAACGGCUGGGCGGCGGACCGGAUGACGCCAAGGAGAUCAUGCGACACAGUUUCUUCAACGCCGUCGACUGGCAGGACGUCUACGACAAGAAGCUGGUCCCGCCUUUCCAGCCCCAGGUCAGCUCGGAAACGGACACGCGCUACUUCGAUGAGGAGUUCACAGCACAGACCAUCACCAUCACCCCGCCGGAGAAAUACGACGAGGACGGGAUGGACGCGGCGGACAACGAGCGAAGGCCUCAUUUCCCACAGUUCUCCUACUCGGCCAGCGGGCGGGAGUGAGCGUCUCCGAGCCCCCCGGCCGGCCAGGCACCGUCCCCCCAUUCUGUGGCCAUUCUGAGGAAAACACGUAGCCAUUUUAGGAAAAAAAACAAAACAAACAACAACAAAAA